GUUCAAGCGGGCCGGCCGAUGCACCCUUCUCUCUCCCUCUCUCUGUGUCUUCAGUUCCUCGUUUGGAUCCAUUCGGAGGACACCUAAUCUGGUUCGGGUUCUGGCAAGUGGCUUCUCAUCUCCAACACUUUCUUCCAAAAACCUCUCCUUUGAUGAUCCCUCUUUCUGUUUCCCACUCAUAACUUCACUUCACCGCUUUCCCACCUUCCCUUCUUCCAUUUCUUAUCGCUUAUCUCCUUCCCAUCGCCCUUCUGGAAACUGGGAACUCUUCUAUUUCUCAAAGUUCCCAUUUCCCAUUUCCCAAUUAAGCUCCUUGUUGCGUUUUCCUAGUUUUCUCUUUGCAUCUGUAUCCUGAAAUUUCUUCUGGGUUCUGGGUUUUUGUUGUUUCUUUGUUCUUUUUGUGUUGAAUCUCUAGGGUUUUUAAUUUCCCGUUUCGGGUACUUCUGAUCUUCUCUUGUUACCAGCUUCUGCUUUCUGAACUUUGGAAUUGACUCCUGGGUUCUGUUUAUUUCUCCCCGUUUUUCACUAAUUUGAAUUCUGAGUUCUGAGGCGAUGUCACAAGGGUUUGCGAUCGAGCUCUAUUUCGAUCCGGCACUUGAAAAUCAGGUUCUCAAGGCUUGGAAUGUACUAGCCCGCCGUCAAAUUAGUACGCAGCUCAUCGAGAUUGAAUCACGCCCUCACAUUACCCUCUUCUCCUGCCCCUUCGUCGAACCCGCGAAAGUCGAAUCCAUCGUUAAAAAUUUCGCUUCUAAACAGGACCCCUUGCCUUUGUCCUUAUCGUCAAUAGGCAGCCUUCCCAAUGACAACAACAUCCUCUUUCUGGGUCCUGCGCCUACAAUUUCACUCCUCCAAUUCCAGUCUCAAUUGUGCGAAGCAAUGAGGAAAGAAGGAAUCGAAAUCGGGGAGGAAUAUCGCCUGGGCUCUUGGAUUCCCCAUUGCGCUGUUGCUCAGGAUGUGCCCAAGGCUCGAAUGGCAGAGGCAUUUUGUGUUCUAAGGGAUUUGAAGUUGCCAGUUUCCGGGUACGCAAUUGAUAUCGGGUUGGUGGAAUUUUCUCCUGUUCGGGAGCUGUUCUCUUUUGUUCUUGGUAACAUUGUCGAAGCUUGAAGCUUCGACGCCAUUAUUAUGCUUUUGAUCUGAUAGUUCUUCCCCCAUGAACUUUGUACAACCCCUUAAAUUUAUUGUAGCUGUUUUAGAAGUCCUAUUUAGACGCUAGAGCAUUACCAAUAAGGAUGCAUUUUGUAUUUUGUGUUAUGAAUUUUACCCUUUUUCUUAACCAUAUUGUCUUCCUAUUGAUGUUGAACCUUACUUGCUCGUGCAUUUUAAUAAACACAAUUGAUUUGUGGUUAGUGAGGGAAAGGAAACACCUUCUGGGUUGGUUCACUGA